GCAGAGGCCAGAGGACACGCCGAAAAUUGUUGAAUUCAGAAAUGGACACACUUCGUGAUGUCCUUGAAAGACGCCGGGACCAAAAGAAAACUCGGAACCGAAACCAGCUUUUGCUGUAGCGUCGUGCCAGAACGUCAGAACGCCGUCGUCUUUUUCACCUGCCGCGGUUGUCCUUGCUCACUCCUGACCUAACAUGCAAAGCUUGCAAAAGUUCUCUGUCACCGAGCGCGAGCGCGACAGGGCACAUCACCAAAGGAUUUCUUAUCUUUUUGAAAAUACCAAAGCAUUUCUUAUCACGAGCUAGACGGGCACGCACCAAAAGAUCUUGCUUGCACUUGCGGCCGCUAGCGGCAGCACACCCAUCAAACGGGCUCCCUCGGUCCCUCCGUCACCCACCCAGUCGAUGGGUCGGACGGGUGACCACCACGCCGUCGACGGCCGGCUAGAGGCGCUGCUCUCCGGCGCCGGCGAGGGCGGCUCCGGGCCAUGCUGGCUCCGGCGCAUGGCGGCGGCGGCGGCGCUGGAGCUGCGGCUGCUGGCGCCCCUCGCCGUGCCGGCCGUGGUGGUCUACAUGCUCAUCAUCGUCAUGUCGUCCACCACGCAGAUCGUCUGCGGCCAGCUCGGCAACGUCCAGCUCGCCGCCGCCUCCCUCGGCAACAACGGCAUCCAGGUCUUCGCCUACGGCCUCAUGCUCGGGAUGGGCAGUGCGGUGGAGACGCUGUGCGGGCAGGCCUACGGCGCCGAGAAGUACGAGAUGCUGGGCGUGUACCUGCAGCGCUCGACGGUGCUGCUCAUGGCCACCGCCGUGCCGCUCGCCGCCAUGUACGCCUCCUCGGAGCCGCUGCUCCUGCUGCUCGGCCAGUCGCCGGAGAUCGCCGGCGCCGCCGCGGAGUUCGCCUACGGCCUCAUCCCGCAGAUCUUCGCGUACGCCGCCAACUUCCCCAUCCAGAAGUUCCUGCAGGCGCAGAGCAUCGUGGCGCCCAGCGCCUACAUCCUGGCCGCCAGCUUCGCGUUCCACGUGCCGCUCAGCUGGGUCGCCGUGUACGCGCUGGGCCUGGGCCUGCUCGGGGCCUCGCUCACGCUCAGCCUCACGUGGUGGGUCCUCGUCCUGGCCCAGUUCGCGUACAUCCUGUGGAGCCCGCGGUGCCGGGACACGUGGGCCGGGUUCACAUGGGCCGCCUUCGCCGACCUGCCGGGGUUCGCCGGCCUGUCCAUCGCGUCGGCGGUGAUGCUGGCGCUCGAGGUCUGGUACUUCCAGGUGCUCAUCCUCCUCGCCGGCGUGCUGCCGGACCCGCAGGUCGCGCUUGACGCGCUCACUGUCUGCACUUCGAUCCAGUCAUGGGUGUUCAUGAUCUCUGUGGGCUUCAAUGCAGCUGCCAGUGUGAGAGUAGGGAAUGAGCUCGGCGCGGGCAACCCCAGGUCUGCCGCGUUCUCUGCAUGGAUGGUCACCGCUCUGUCGGCCUUCGUAUCAGCAAUAGCUGGUCUCGUCACUUUCCUGCUGAGGGACAAGCUCAGCUACAUCUUCACCACCGGCGAGGUCGUCUCGCGCGCCGUAGCCGAUCUGUGCCCCUUGCUCGUUGGGACCAUCGUGCUCUGCGGGAUCCAGCCCGUGCUGUCAGGUGUGGCCGUUGGUUGUGGGUGGCAAGCAAUGGUAGCGUACAUCAACAUUGGAUGCUACUACUUCAUCGGCAUACCCCUCGGUGUGCUUCUUGGAUUCAAGUUUGACUAUGGAAUCAAGGGAUUGUGGGGAGGCAUGAUUGGGGGCACCCUGAUCCAAACACUUAUUCUGAUCUGGAUCACGUUGAGAACCGACUGGAACAAGGAGGUUGAGGAAGCGCGGAAAAGAUUAGAUAAGUGGGACGACACAAGGCAGCCCCUUCUCGCAAACAAGGAGUGAUGAACUGAUGAUGUCACAAGUCAGCUGUGGAUGAAGAACCCAUAUGCUCAAGUUGAUGCAAAAUCUUUCAGUCGACAUCGGCUUCUGCCACUGCUAUGAUCGACCACGCUGUCCAGAGAUGAACUGAUGUAUAGCCUUUUCUUCGAGAACAUGUUCUAAUUAGGGGCUAUUUGUUUCAAGGGACUCUUUUUAGUCCUUGUGACAUCAAAAGGAAUCUUAAUAUUUUGGAGUAUUUGACAGCUGAGUGCUAAUUCGCGAGA